AUGGCAAGCCAACCAGACUGGAACGCAACCGAAUUUCCCUGCACUCUCACCGCCCUCCGCGCCCUCUCCGUUGACGCAGAACUCUCACCCCUCGUCUGGCGCUCCUUUUCCCUCACCACCCCCUCCAAUUCCACAUCGGACCCCGCACCCUCAAAUCCCAACAGCACCAACUCCGACGCCGAAACAUCAGUCCUCAAAGUAAACUACGCUGCCACCACAAACCGCAUGCUACGUGUCGCUGUAAACGGCUUCAUAGAAAGCAUCGGCGUUGUUAUCGGCGUGAUGAAGGAUUUGGAUACGGAUGUUGUUUAUGAGGCGACGAGAGAGGGGCUGGAUGGGGUGCAGGGGUUGAAGGUGGGGUGA